GCGCGGACCAUGUAUUUCCUGAGCGGCUGGCCCAAGAGGCUGCUUUGCCCUCUGGGGAGCCCGGCCGAGGCGCCUCUCCACGUUCAGUCGGACCCGCAGAGGACUUUCUUCGCUGUGCUGGCCGCGGCCCGCCUCAGCAUCUGGUACAGCCGACCUAGUGUGUUAAUCGUAACCUACAAGGAACCUGCAAAAUCAUCUUCUCAGUUUGGAUCCUACAAGCAAGCUGAAUGGAAGCCAGAUAGUACAGUGAUAGCUGUGUCAACGGCAAAUGGCUACAUCUUGUUUUUUCAUAUUACAACUACAAGAGGGGACAAGUACCUUUAUGAACCAGUGUAUCCCAAAGGAAGUCCACAAAUGAAGGGGACACCCCAUUUUAAGGAAGAACAGUGUGCUCCAGCAUUAACUUUAGAGAUGAGGAAAAUACUGGAUUUGCAAGCACCCAUUACAAGUUUGCAGUCUGUGCUGGAAGAUCUCCUGGUUGCUACUUCUGAUGGACUUCUUCAUCUUAUUCACUGGGAAGGAAUGACAAAUGGAAGGAAAGCUAUUAAUCUUUGCACAGUACCCUUUUCAGUAGAUCUGCAGUCAUCUAGAGCAGGUUCAUUCCUGGGCUUUGCAGAUGUGCACAUCAGAGACAUGGAAUACUGUGCCACUCUUGAUGGGUUUGCUGUGGUGUUUAACGAUGGUAAAGUUGGAUUUAUUACACCAGUGUCCAGUAGAUUUACUGCAGAGCAUCUUCAUGGAGUUUGGCCACAAGAUGUUGUUGACGGAACUUGUGUAGCAGUAAAUAACAAGUACCGACUAAUGGCAUUUGGUUGUGCAAGUGGUUCUGUUCAGGUUUAUACAAUAGAUAACACCACUGGAGCUAUGCUGCUGUCUCACAGACUAGAGUUAACAGCAAAACAAUACCCUGAUAUAUGGAACAAAACAGGAGCUGUUAAAUUGGUCAGAUGGUCUCCUGACAAUAGUGUUGUAAUAGUGACCUGGGAAUAUGGAGGCCUUUCUUUAUGGAGUGUGUUUGGAGCUCAGCUGAUUUGUACACUUGGAGGAGAUUUUGCUUAUAGGUCUGAUGGCACCAAAAAAGAUCCCCUUAAGAUCAACUCUAUGAGCUGGGGUGCAGAAGGCUAUCACCUAUGGGUAAUCAGCGGAUUUGGUUCUCAAAACACUGAAAUUGAACCUGAGCCCAAGAGUAUAGUUAAAGAGCCUGGCAUUCUGCUUUUUCAGUUCAUCAAGAGUGCACUCACUGUGAACCCUUGUAUGAGUAACCAAGAGCAAGUGUUGCUUCAGGGAGAGGAUCGAUUGUACUUGAACUGUGGAGAGGCCUCACAAACCCAGAACCCCAGUUCUUCAGCACACUCUAAACCCAGCCGGGGAAAGAGCUUGUUUGCAGAUGAUGGUUUCGAGUCUCAGGGUUUAAGCACUUUACUUGGACAUCGGCAUUGGCAUGUAGUACAAAUUUCCAGCACCUAUCUAGAGAGCAAUUGGCCCAUACGGUUUUCAGCGAUUGAUAAACUUGGACAGAAUAUUGCUGUGGUUGGCAAGUUUGGUUUUGCACAUUACUCUUUACUCACCAAAAAAUGGAAACUUUUUGGAAACAUUACCCAGGAGCAAAAUAUGAUUGUGACAGGUGGCUUAGCCUGGUGGAAUGACUUCAUUGUCAUUGCAUGUUAUAACAUAAGUGACCGUCAAGAAGAGCUGAGAGUAUACUUGCGAACAUCUAACCUGGACAAUGCCUUUGCUCAUGUCACCAAAGCACAAGCAGAGACCUUACUGCUUAGUGUCUUUAGGGACAUGGUGAUAGUGUUCAGAGCCGACUGCUCAAUAUGCCUUUACAGUAUUGAAAGAAAAUCUGAGGGUCCAAAUACCACUGCUAGUAUCCAAGUUCUUCAGGAAGUCUCCAUGUCACGCUACAUUCCUCACCCUUUCCUGGUAGUAUCUGUUACUCUGACAUCAGUGAGUACAGAGAAUGGAAUCACCUUGAAAAUGCCACAGCAGGCUCGUGACGCAGAGAGCAUUAUGCUAAAUCUUGCUGGUCAGCUUAUCAUGAUGCAGAGGGACAGGUCGGGCCCUCAGAUCCGGGAGAAGGACAGUAACCCGAACCAGAGGAAACUUCUGCCAUUCUGUCCUCCCGUUGUACUAGCUCAGUCUGUUGAAAAUGUGUGGACUACAUGUCGAGCAAAUAAAAAAAAGCGCCACCUUCUGGAGGCCCUCUGGCUGAGCUGCGGAGGGGCAGGGAUGAAAGUUUGGCUCCCUCUGUUCCCUCGGGAUCACCGCAAGCCCCAUUCCUUCUUGUCCCAGCGGAUCAUGCUGCCUUUCCACAUCAACAUUUACCCCCUGGCGGUUCUGUUUGAAGAUGCGCUAGUCCUUGGUGCUGUCAAUGACACUUUACUCUAUGACUCUCUGUACGCUCGGAACAGUGCCAGGGAACAGCUGGAGGUGCUCUUCCCUUUCUGUGUUGUGGAGAGGACCUCGCAGAUCUACCUCCACCACAUUCUACGUCAGCUGCUGGUCAGGAAUCUUGGGGAGCAGGCCUUGCUCCUGGCCCAGUCCUGCUCCACGUUACCUUACUUCCCUCACGUGCUGGAGCUCAUGCUCCACGAAGUGCUGGAAGAGGAAGCUACCUCACGGGAGCCCAUUCCCGACCCCCUGCUUCCCACUGUGGCGAAGUUUAUCACCGAGUUCCCCCUUUUCCUGCAGACCGUUGUUCAUUGUGCCAGGAAGACCGAGUAUGCCCUGUGGAACUACCUUUUCGCAGCCGUCGGAAACCCCAAGGACUUGUUUGAGGAAUGUUUGAUGGCUCAGGAUUUGGACACAGCUGCCUCUUACCUUAUUAUCUUACAGAAUAUGGAAGUCCCAGCAGUAAGUAGGCAACACGCCACCCUUCUGUUCAACACAGCCCUGGAGCAAGGCAAGUGGGACUUAUGUCGACACAUGAUUCGAUUUCUUAAAGCCAUUGGCUCUGGAGAAUCUGAGACACCUCCAUCCACACCUACAGCUCAGGAGCCCAGUUCAGGCGGCGGAUUUGAGUUCUUCCGGAAUCGCAGCAUCAGCUUGUCCCAGGCGGCUGAAAACACCCCUGCCGGUAAAUUCAGCCUGCAGAAAACACUGAGCAUGCCAUCUGGUGCUCCUGGAAAAAGGUGGAGCAAAGACAGCGACUGUGCAGAGAACAUGUAUAUUGACAUGAUGCUGUGGAGACAUGCUCGGCGUCUCCUAGAAGAAGUUCGGCUCAAGGACCUGGGUUGCUUUGCAGCCCAGCUGGGCUUUGAACUAAUUAGUUGGCUCUGCAAGGAACGUGCCCGAGCUGCCCGAGUAGACAACUUUGUGAUAGCCCUGAAGAGACUCCACAAAGAUUUCCUGUGGCCACUUCCCAUCAUCCCAGCCUCUUGUCUCAGUUCUCCUUUCAAGAAUGGCAAAUUCCGAACAGUGGGAGAGCAGCUGUUAAAGUCUCAGUCAGCUGACCCUUUCUUAAACCUUGAGAUAGAUGCUGGCAUCUCUAAUGUCCAACGAAGUCGGGCCUGGCUCAGCAACAUUGGCCCUACCCACCAUGAGAUAGACACAGCCACGUCCCAUGGACCACAAAUGCAAGAUGCCUUCCUGUCACCUUUAUCUAACAAAGGUGAUGAAUGCAGUAUUGGUUCAGCCACAGACUUGACUGAAAGUAGCUCCAUGGUGGACGGGGACUGGACAGUGGUGGAUGAAAAUUUCUCCACGCUUAGUUUAACCCAGUCAGAGCUGGAGCACAUCUCCAUGGAGUUGGCAAGUAAAGGGCCUCACAAAUCCCAGGUCCAGCUUCGGUAUUUGCUGCACAUCUUCAUGGAGGCAGGAUGUCUGGACUGGUGCAUUGUCAUAGGCUUGAUUCUUAGAGAAUCCUCAGUAAUCAACCAGAUUUUGGUUAUUAUGCAGACAACAGAGGUGGAUGGAGAGAUGUUACAGAAUAUAAAGACAGGGCUGCAUGCAGUGGACCGAUGGGCCUCUGCAGAUUGUCCUGGAUAUAAGCCAUUUUUGAACAUCAUUAAGCCACAGCUACAGAAGCUCAGUGAGAUAACAGAAGAGCAGGUCCAGCCUGAAGCCUUCCAGCCAAUAACUGUGGGCAAGUCCCCUGAACAGACUAGUCCCCGGGCAGAGGAGAGCAGGGGCUCCUCGGGCCACGGAAGCGUCCCGCAGGGCGAGGUUGGGGGCAGCAGCAUGGUCGCCCGGAAAGAAGACGACACAGCCAGAGCCGAGGAGGAGGAGCCUUUUCAGGAUGGGACUUACGACUGCUGUGUGUCCUAACCGCGGCGGGUGCUGUCACCCCGGGCAGUGUUAGCUCAGCAGCCGCAGCGUGCAGCUGAGGACACUGUGACCUAGUUGGAUGAUUUAACCAGGGAGCUCAGCGCAGAGACUCUGAUAAGGUAUUAAAUUUUAACUAACUUCUCUAAGAAAUCUCUGACUCCAUAAAAAUGUGAUAUCAGAAUAAAUCAUCUUUCGUAAAAAAUUUUAAGCUUUAGUGGAAAGUAAUAAAGAAUACUGUACAGACGUACACGAGAAUAUUUGGGUUUUAUUCUUGAAGGUUGGUGGCUUUUAAACCAUAGGGAUUGCUUUGCCCCAGAUGAGCUUGCUUUUUUUCCCACUACGUGUAACUUCUUACAUGUCUUCUGGCUCAUCGUGUGUCCAGACUGCGUUUUAAACAGAAACGCUAAGGUGCUUGCUGUAGCUCAUCAGGUACCUGAGCUCCCUGUGAUGCCCCUUGGGUUGAGAGUGCUGAACUCUGCCUGGGCCUCCUGAACAGAUGCCUGCCUGGCACAGCACGUGCCCGUGUAUGGACAGGCCCCUUGGCGUUUCUAGCCUGUUAAAUCCCAGUCCCGAGUUGAUGGGAGCUAUCUACCUGAGUCAGCGUGCGAGCCUGAUUCUGCUAGAGCAGCAUGGGCAGAGGUCUGAGGGUUCUUGUCAAUUAUGCUGAUACCACUAAACUAUUUUGUAUCAAAGAACUUUAUCUUUUUGUGAAUACUCUUGUGUAAAUACACUCAAAGGCACUGUUCAUAUUUUUAGGGCUUGUAUUAUUAUAACUUGUAAGGUUUUAUGCUGGAUUCUGCAUGGCUUUAUAUACUCACUCUUGGAAUAAAGACAGGGCUUGCUCUUCUUUCCAGAUAUGAGCAGUCUUCAUAGAGGAAGACAGGUUUAUUGGCUGGUCAUAAAAUAACAGAAAAUGAUCACACUGAUCAUGAAAUGAAACAGGUUUUGUGCAAAUUAAUGUAGUUUCUUAUUUAUUGCUUUUGUAAAUUGAAUAAAAAUGGGAGUUUUAUGUAAAUAGACUGCUGAAUCCUGUAUUAUCACGGCUAACUAAAAAUUAGUAUGUAAAAAAUGCAUUCUUCAUUGUAAUUUUAAAAAUAUUUUAUGUAUUUUUAGAUAUGACUUAAAUUUUAGUUUUCGUACAUUAUGAAAACUGCAUACUCCUUAAUUGCUUCAGACUAAACACAUAUCCACUGUAUGUACUUCUAAUUACAACAGUAACAGUAUUAAUUUAGAUAGCUUGUUUGUACUGUGCAAUUUGAACAAAGGAAUGCAAUGUUAUUUUUUACAAAAACAAACUUAUUUUUAUAACAACAAUGUAUUUGAUGUGGACCAAAUUCAUACCACUAUGUAAAACAGCCUCUCUUCUCAUAGUGCAAUUACAGUUUAGAAAUAAAACUUGGUCCUCUAUCCUUGUUUUUAAAAGUAAAUGGCUAGAUUUAGUUGUCCUAGCCAGGUUUCCUUUGAAGGGAAACUCAAAACCAUUUUGAAAUUGCUUAGUUCAGAAUUCAUCAGACUGUUUUAAAUGAUUGUGUUUGGUAAUUUACUAUCAUUUACUUUACAAGUGCAAUAAUUUCACAUACUGAAACUCCUGAACGGGUGGAAUAUGUAAUUAUUGAUACCUGGUCCUUCUGGUGCUACUUUAUUUAAGCCUUUGUUUUAAACCACCUUUCCCUAAAUCUUAGGAUAGCAUUGUUUCCCAUGUGAGUACAUCACGCAGCUCAGCAAGAAACUGAACAAAUUUCUUCUCCUGCCCUAGUCCACUAGGAGAAGACUAGCAUUACUUUUGUGCUUGGUGUGAAUUCAGUCAAUAAAAAUGAUUUACCAUAGUAAACAGCUGUGAUCUUUUCCAGUAUCCAGUCUGCUGCUGGGUUCAUCUUGCACUCUCCAAAGCAGGGCAUCAAUAAGAGCUGUAUUCCUGUGGUUAACGCCAUAAAUGAAUUUUCUAGAAAAUAUUUUUUUUUCAACUAAUGGGACUUAGUGGCCCCAAAGCAAAAAAAGGACAAAUUUACAGAAAAGUUAUCUGGUAAUUUGAUAUAUACUUUAAUUUUAAAAACUCAUAUUUUUAUUUUACCAUGUUUGGUUCACAUAUCAACUGUUUAAGCCAUAAUUUUAACCAAUGAAUUUAAAUUUUCAGUAUAAUUAUUCAGAGUUUAAAUUAUUAGCUAAUACCAAAACAAGAAGUCAUUUGGGGGUAGAGUUAACCUUUGCUUGUAAUUAAAGUUGCUGCUAUUUCUGUAAUGUGUAUUUUUUUACUUGGUAAAGGGCAAUAAAACCAUUACAUGAACUUUUGUUUGUUCACCAUCUCAGGUUAACAGCAAAAAGUGUGUUUAUUAAAAGCCACGUAACUAUUCUUUUGAUUAUAUAAUUCCACCUCUUAGAAUUUUUCUUAUGAAAUAACUUAAAUUCAGACAAGCUUAGUAUUUAUAUAUGCAGAAUUGUUUAGAAUAGGAACAUCAAGAGUUGGCAGCAUCCUAGGUGCCUGAGAACAGGAGAUGAGAACAGACGACCCAUGGUGAGGGCAUGGAAAACGAUACACAGUCAUGCAUACCACAUGACUUCCACCAAACAGAACUUCAUGUAAAGGUCUGGAGACCAGGCAUCAUCUCUAUAGGCGGGAUUAACGGCGAUGCUGACUUUUUCCUGUUGUGCUGUUCCUGAGUCUGGGGUCUGGGGAUUUGCCUAUUUCGGACAUUUCAUAUAAAUGGAGUCAUGUACUAUGUGGCUUUUUCUGUCUGGCUUCUUUCACUUAGUGUGAUGUUCAUCUUUGUAUGUCAGUAAUUCAUGCCUUUUUAAGGCUGAAUAAUAUUCCAUUUUAUGGAUAUUUGUUUAGUCAUUUAAGGAAUUGGGUGGUGCCUACUUUUUGACUGUCAUGAACGAUGCUACUAUCACAUUCAUGUACAAGUCGUUUCUGUGUGGACAUGUUUUCAGUUCUGUGUAAGAGUGGAAAUGCUGAGUUAUGGUAACUAGUUAAUUUCUUGAGGAAAUGCCUAACCAUAUCCCAGAGUGCCUGUGCUAUUUUUUUUUUUAGUUCCCACUAAGCAGUGGAGGAGGGUUAUCCAGUUUCUACCGCACACCCUUGUUACUGUGUGUGGUUGUUGCCAUCUGCGUUAGUAUAGAAGUGGUGGUAUCUCAUUAUAGAUUUGCAUUUCGUUUAUGGCUGUCUUUUCGUGAUUAUUAGCCAUUUGUAUAAUGUUCACAUCCUUUGCCCAUUUCACAAUUCGGACAUUUAUGUUUCUGUUGUUGAUUUGCAAGUUUUUAUAUAUUUUGGAUACUAGAUGCUUACCAGGUACAAAGAGUAGUGUCCUGUGAAACCUUUCAUAAACCGAAACAGCUUAAAGCAGAGAGUGUCCUCUGCUUCCUGAAAGUUUGUGCUGUGGUCUUGGCUUUUUUGAAAGACCUAUGUAAGUACAGAAACAACUUUUUUUAUAAAAGUGAAAGUCCUCUAAUUUCUGUUAGCAAAAACAGGUACCAAUGCCAAUGUUUUCUUCUAAGAGUUUUAUAGUUUUAGCUCCUACAUGUUGGUCUUUGAUCCAUUUUGAGUUCAUUUUUUGUGUCCUGUGAAGUGAGGGGUCUGACUUUGCUUUUUUGUACCGGGAUAUUCAGUGUCCCAGAACCGUGUACUGAAGAUUUUUUUCCCAUUGAACUGUCAAAAUUCAAUAGACCAUAAAUGUGUGGGUUUAUUUCUGUACUGACUGUACUGCACUGACCUGUGUGUGUCUCUUCUUAAUGCCAGUGCCACAUUGUCUUGAUUACUGUUGCUACUUUGUAGGAAGCUUUGAAAGUAUGAGUCCUAAGUUUUUCUCAAGACUCUUCAGGCUAUUCUGGGUCCCUUGCACUUCCAAAGAAAAUUUAGGAUCAGCUUGUCAGGUUCUGCACGUGCACACACAAAAGGCAGCUGGGAUUUGAUAGGGACUAUAUUUAGUCUGUAGGUCUGUUUGGAGAAUAUUGCCGCCAUCUUAAUAUUAAGCCUGCCAAUCUUGAACAUAAUGGAUCUUUAAUUUCUUUCAGCCAUGUUAUAUAGUUUGCAUUGUAAACAUCUUGUACUUUCGUUAAGCCUAAGUAUUUUAUUCUUUUUGCUUUUGCAAAUAGAAUUGUUUUAUUUUUGGAUUGUUCUGUUAGUAUGUAGAAAUACAGUUGAUUUCUGUAUAUAGAUAGAUAUUGGAUCCUGCAACACUGCUGGGCUCAUUUAUUAACUGUAAUAGUUUUUUGUGGAUUCCUUAGGAUUUUCUAUAUAGAUGUCACCUGCAGCUAAUCUGGAUGCCUCUUGCCAAACUGCCCUGGGCAGAACCUCCAGUACAGUAUUCAACAGAAGUGAGUAGUGGACAUCUUUGUCUUCUUUCUGAUGUAAAGGGGAAAGCCUCAUUCAGUCUUUCAUCACAAAUUAAGUUGAUGAAGUUCCCAUCUAUUACGUUCUGUUGAGUGUUCUACGAUGAAAAGGUGUUUGGCUUUGUCAAUUUUUGUUUGCAUCUAUUGAGAUGAUCAUAUGGCGGUUGUCCUUUAUUAAAAUGGUAUAUACUGCAUUGA